GACCCAUCAGCCAAUGACACAAGAAGAAGUGCGGAGAUUGCGGCUAGCUCAGACAGCAUUCGCUAUGAAUCAACAGAUGCUGCGGCCACCCAUGACGAUGCAGUUACCUAGUGGUGGUGGAACCAGCUUAAUCAGUGGUAUGCCUGCUGCAGCAGGGCAAAUGCCAAUUAGGACUGGUUACCCUCUGGAGUAUGGAAGGAUGUUCAAUGAACAUCGACAGUUUAAUAAUUCCAUGCGGCCUCCUGUUGGAAACAUGCUCUCCUAUCAUCCACAAAGUGCUGAUAUCCAGCCUCAACUGAAUCUGCCCACAUUACAGGCUACUGCUGCUGCACCCAGCUCAGCUUCUCAGAGCAACCUGCAGAAAGGACCAGUUCAGAACCCGAUUCUGCGUCAACCAAUUGCAAACAAUGGGCAAGGGAUAAAAACUGGCAGCAGUAGUAACAUGGUGGACAAUGGCAGUAAUGGAGAAGCAUCUUUUGGCAGAGGUGGCCCUGAAUUUGUAGCUUCUUCUGAUGAAGGGACGAUUCCAAUGCCGCCAGAAGGAUGGUUGAUGAACUUUCUGAUGGACGCCCAAAAGUUUCAGCCUGGUUUCCUUUCAGAUAAGGGGCAGCAAGGUCAACAGAAGUCACCUGGUCAACGUCCACCACUUGCAGUUGCAGAAGGAACUAUUGCUACUAGGCCCGGGAACUCUGCGGACACCAACAUAAGAGAUUCGAAGGACUCCAAUUUAGAAGGGAAUGAAACGAUGACUGAGAAAAACGGAGAAGCUGAGAAACCAGAUCAAGAUGACGAGAUAAUGCAGCAAGCAACAGAGAUGGAGGAUACAUGGGAACCAGAUGUUAAAAGACCUGAAUAUCAUUUCAUCCAAUCCUUCUUGUUUGCUGAUGGUGAUGAAAAUGGUGAUGAAGAAAGCAUUCGAUUGAUUGAAGGCCACGAUGAAGCGCAAUAUCCUCAAGCAACCUACCAAGCAAUACAAUCAGUUAACAGGCUGAACAUGAGCAAAAACAAGAUGCUGUGUUGCCAUUUCUCAUCGAACGGGAAGCUGUUAGUCACCUCUGGACACGAGAAGAAGGUCUGGAUUUGGAACACAGAAAAUUAUCGUUACACCAGGAAUUCAGGUGGGCAUUCAAACCUCGUCACAGAUAUUCGUUUCCAGCCAAGUACGACUGUGUUUGCCACAUCAUCCUUCGAUAAGACAGUCCAAAUAUGGGAUGCAGAAAAACCAAGCAGGUCACUCUUCAAGCUCAAAGGGCAUAGCGAGCAGGUACUUUCACUAGAUUUCCACCCGAGACAAAUCGAUCGUCUUUGCUCAAGUGACCGCAAUGGCGAGAUCCGAUUGUGGAAUGUGAACCAGGAUUGUCUUCUAAAAGUCUCCAAGGGAGCUACUGCUCAGGUCAGAUUCCAGCCCCAAUCAGGAAAGUUACUAGCCCUCGCUUCUGGAAAUACUGUCUCCGUAGUUGACUCCGAGACUUACGCUGUCCAACUCACCUUGAAGGACCAUGUGAACGACGUUCGUUCCAUCUGCUGGGAUUCCACCGGAAAGUACAUUGCUUCUGUGAGUGAAGAGAGUGCCCGAAUUUGGUCGCUGGCCGCCGGCGGGAAGUGCAUACACAAGCUGAUGUCUCAUGGUAGAAACUUCCACUCCUGCACGUUUCAUCCUCACCUCUCGCAAGCCCUGUUGGUUGGUGGUUACAAGAACCUUGUGUUCUGGAGUGCGAAUCAGAAGUGCUCGACUGAAGCUCACAAAGGGAUCAUCGCUGCAAUGGCGAGUUCUCCUGCGGCUGGAUUGAUAGCAUCGGCAAGCCAUGACGGAUUCGUCAAGCUCUGGAGAUGAGGACUAAUUUUUGAACAAAAUGAUUUUGUCACCUGAACUAGGGAGUUCUUUACAGUUCAUACAGACUACAGAAACAGGCAGUUCUAUAGAGACACAUUUUCUGACCAAUCUAUAGAGUUGUGCAGCAACAGGCAGUCUUUUUCUUUGUUCUGAAUAUUUCUGGA